AUGACGUUGAACAAAGGUCAUUUGACCAAGAUGAAGAUCAGUGAUAGAGAAGCUGGGAAUAUGUAUGCAGGCUAUAAAGGUAGAGCCAGUCUUACUGAUAUAUUUGAAUUACUGAUAGGAGUACUGGUUGUUAAAUGGGAUUGUGGGGCACAUGGAGAAUAUCCACAAGAAAACUUGUUUAAAAUCACUGUUCCAAGAUCACUCAAGCAUGAAGAAAUUAUUGAAGUUGGAUGUUCUGUCAAACAUGGACCUGACUGGAAGCGGGGUGAUGAAGAUGGGGGUCCAUCGACAGUAGGAACUGUGAUAUGUAAACACAGGGAUGGCUCUGUCUCUGUUGUCUGGCCAUUUGGUGUUGUAGAGCGCUACAGAUAUGGAGAAAGAAAAAAAGAAUUGGAAGUAAUAGCCGAUGCUCCAGCUGCUGCAAUGUCUGCAGAAAGACCCUCAGAGUCCAUAGAGCCAGAUACACGAGAACCAAAUCAAGGGGAGACAAUAGUUUGGCAAUGGAUUGAUAAUGAGACCACCGAACAAUACACACUGUCCAAAGAUGAGGCUGCAAAGCUGGAGGAGGUGUACCAAAAGAAAUCUGGGACUGUGCUUGUAGGCUACAAAGGUUUGCAGCUUCGCUGCCAGCCCACUCAGAUGAAAUACAGGGACAGUGGAGGGAAAAAUAGAACUGGACAAUUGAUUCGAAAAGUGUGCACUCAUGAGGAAUCGGAGACAUACUACCUCAUAGAAUCCUUGCGGUCAUUUCAGUAAUUGAUUGUGCGGUCAUUUUGGUAAUCGAUUGUAGAUCAUAAAUGCACGAUUAUAUUAUGAUCACUCUGAUGAGCACCUACACAAGCAUUUCUCAGAACCUGAUGUAACUGUAGCACUUAUGAUUGGGAUUUACAUCUAACUUUUUGGAACUCUUCUCAGAGCGGAGGUGAAUUUUUAUUUAAGCCUAGUCAUUGCAACCCUAGUGGACAGCAAUUCACAACAAUCAUUUUGUAUGGAAGUUUCAGCACCAGUUUCCUUAAUUAAUUUGCUAUUACAAUUACAUACAUACUAAUUAUUUAUGGUCCCUCAAGGGCUCAUGGGUCUGUCUCCCCAUCAUUACCAAAUUAGAAACAGUCCUUACGAUUUGUAAUUGCAGUGCAUUUUCUUAGAUCUACAAGUUUGUACAUAUAGCAGAAACAGGUACAGCAUCAGGUAGUUGAAAGAUUUGACUAAUGGUAUAUUUUUAUCUUUUGUCAUUUAAAUGUACUACUAGCUGUGACACUGUUAGUUGCAUGUUUAGAAAUAAAACAUGCACUAAUCAUAAAGAUGACCAAACUGAGAAAUAAAUACCCCCCCCCCCUCCCUAUGAAAAAAGUCUUGAAUUUCUGAAAAUGCUCAUUAUUAAUAAGAAUUUGUGUCUUGAAACUUCCAUGUUUAGUUUUGUGUGUGUACAUGAAUGGUGAUGUAUAUAGUUAUUAGAAUGAAUGUGGAUUCUUCUUUUUCUUAUACUAAAUUUAGAAAUUUGAAACAGUGUAUAUUCUUUGCAGGCCACAAUUUGUUUUUAUAUACAAGCAUCUUAUGUACAUUGCUACUUCAGGGUUUUUUCACCAGAUCAAGGGUGGGGUCCCAAUAGGGAUUCAUUAAAGAUCUGUGUUGGUUAUAUUCAUGAAACCUUUACUUUCUUUUUAUUUCACAGAGAGAGUACUAAUGAGUGUGACAAAAGAAAUUGGAUAAUGGUACAAUUGCAAUUGAUUGUAUACAGUUGUAUUGUGCAUCAGUACUUAUAGAUGUGAAUUAUAUGUUACAUGCGUGUGCCUGCUUAUGAGCAUAGUAAAAAUUGUACAGUCUGUUAAUGAGAUUCGUUGUGUUUUAUUAUUUUAAUUGUGUAUUGCAUUUUGAGUACAUCAAUGAUUAAAUUAAUUCUGUGUAAUUUUC